AUGGCUCCUCCUCGGAGCUCUGGUGGAUCCAGACUGUCCAAGGUGCUCAGCGCACUCAACCCGAGGACUUGGAGGCGACGCCUGGGCCUGGAUACUCGAACCUUUCUCAUGAUGUUGAAAGGUGCUUUGCCACCGACCAUUGUCAUCGCAAUUUAUCAGAGCAGUUCUAUUGCGGACAUCACACUGACUAUUGGCUACCUAUCCGCGUUGAUCUCCGUCCUGUCGCAGGCUCUCAUGCCCCGCGCGAAAUUCAUGAAGAUCAUGUUCUUUGAUCUCCUGUCCACAUGCGUAUCCGCAUCACUCUGUUGUCUGGCGAUAUUCUGUGCUGUGAAGGCAAGAGAACACAACACUCCGAAAGAUGCAAGCGAGAGUGUCCGCACUGGCUUCAGCAGCGAUGCCUGUGCCGUAUCUGCCAUAUGGCUAAUAUUUAUGAUCUGGGGUGCAAAUACGAUCCGUGCCUGGAAACCGAUGGAGCUGCAGGAUCCUAUGGUGGCGUUCUCGAUUUUCUGCUCAGUGACCAUCACCCGAGCUGGGACAUUUGUGACACUAUCUGAUGGUUUGAGCUUUGUCAGCCGAUUGUUGAAAGGGUUUAUGCUGGGCUUUGCGAUUGCCAUCGGUGUCUCUCUCUUCAUAUUACCGAUCACGAGCCGAGGGCACGUGUUCGAGGACAUCAAGGGCUACGUCGCGCAGAUUGACGCCGUGCUCCGAGCUCAGAUCGACUUCGUAGGGGAGAGCCCAGAUGUGUGGACUGGCGACCAGAGUCUUCUUAGUCGAACCCGGACUGCUCGGAGUUUGGGCGAAGCAGGGAACAACGGGGACUCGAGUUUGGAAGCAAAGAAGGGAGCUCUCGGCGCGGCAAUAACAAAGUUGAAUGCCUUGCAUGGGAAGUUGCAGUCGGAUAUGUUCUACUCGAAGGAUGAGAUCGCCUGGGGAAAGCUAUCGGCUGAUGAUUUGAGUGGUAUUGGUGGUCUGCUACAAAGCCUUCUGCUGCCCCUGUCAGGGAUGGCAAUGCUUCCUGAAAUCCUCGAUAUGAUUGUGAAAAAUGAAGGGACCCGCAACAACAGCUUUGGGUCGUGUGAGAAUGACGAGGCACCAACGAAGCAGGCUGAGUUACAGAAAGUUGCCGAGACACUUCAUAAAAGAUUGGUAGAGUCUGCUCGCCUAGUUAACAUUGGCUUGCAAUAUGUUCUGUUGAGCUUGGAACUAAAGAAGAGGAAGCACAUCGAGAAAUCGUACCAAGAGAAAGAUGAAGAGGCAACAGGCGGCAUGCUUAGUCCGUUGCAGCAGGGCUUCACGGCACGAUUCCAGCAAGAAAUAAGCCAGUACUAUUCCCGACGCAAAGACCUCACGAGAACCCUGGCAUCUCUCGAGGCAUUCUCAUUGUCCGAAAAGGCCGACGAUGCCUCUUCAAACAACGAUCAGAGAGCCGUCGCAGCUGAUCCCGACGUGAAACAGGAAUUUUUCAUGAUUCUGUACAUGGGCCAUUUGCAAGACAACAUUUUGAAGGCGACACUCGACCUGGUCAAAUUCGCGGAUAAUAAGAUUGAUGAUGGCACGAUGAAGCGCAGCCGACUCAUUUUUCCCAAACAGAAGACUAUCUUGCAGUGGUUGUCUCCUGAUUCUGAACAACAGGAAUCCGGGGAAGGCUCUGGCCGGCGACAGUCUUCCCAUGUCAAUCCCUCCGCUGUCUAUGAAGAGCGCGAAGCAGAGACAUUUCCAGACCCCGAGCACCUGCCGCCUGCCAAUGUCUUUGAGAAGGGAAGCGUAGUGCUUCGCAUCAUAUCGAAAGUUAUCAAGUCUGAGCAGAGCAUUUUCGGAUUUCGGGUGGCAGCAGCGGCAUUUUGCGUCGGUAUCCUAGCCUUCCUGCGACAGACUCAAGAUUUCUUCAUUCACCAAAGAUGCAUCUGGGCCAUGAUUGUCAUUGUGAUCGGUAUGAACCCAACCAGUGGGCAGACGAUGUUCGGCUUUGUGGCUCGAAUUGCCGCGACUGUCGUGUCGAUGGUGUUGAGCUUGAUCGUGUGGUACAUAGUGGAUGGAAAGACUGCCGGAGUCAUAGUGUUCCUUUACAUUGGAAACAUAUUUGAAUACUACUUCUACAUCAAGGUUCCGCAGUACUUCGGCGCAACCGUAAUUGCCAUAGUGACAUUCAACGUUAUCGUCGGAUACGAAUUACAAGUCCGCAAACUCGGAGUCGAAGUCGCCACCUCCAACGGCCAGCCCUAUUACCCCAUCUACAUCUUCGGCCCCUACAAACUCGCAGCAGUCGCCGCCGGCUGCGCCAUCUCCUUCUUCUGGGUGAUCUUCCCGUACCCGAUCACCGCCAAAUCGACCCUCCGCAAAGCGCUCGGACGGGGCCUCUUUGUCCUCGCCAAGUUCUACAGCUGCAUGCACACGACGAUCGAGCUCUGGCUCAACGGCUCGCUCGGCAGCGUCGACGACGACGUGCGCUCCGCCGCCCACCACCUCGACCAUACCCGCCACAAGAUCUUCAAGGAGGAGAUGAUCCUCCUCAACAGCCUCCGGAUGCACAGCCACUUCAGCACCUUCGAGCCCCCGAUCGGCGGCAGAUUCCCCAAGCCGACCUACGACCGCAUCAUCGGCCAGAUCCAGCGCACGCUCACCAGCAUGGCGCUGAUGGCCCACACCACGCAGACCCUGGACGCGUUAUCCAUCGACAGCCAGCCCGGCGCCGGCAGCAACUCCGAAGAAAACAAAUGGGUAGCGAGACUGGCGUCAAUCGCGCUGCAGUCCGCGGGCUUCAGGUCGCACCAGAUCACCUCGCUGCUCUGCCAUCUGUCGGCGUCCAUGACCAACGCGCAGCCGCUGCCGCCGUACCUCGCGACGGGCGACUCCUUCCCGUUAGCGCGGGAGCUGCAGCGCAUUGACGGCGAGCUGCUGAGCAUCCGCCACGUCGAGGAUCCGGCGUUUUCGGCGUUUGUCUGUCUGGAGGUGCUGCGGUCGGUGGUCAGCUUCACUUUGGAUGAUCUGUUACGUGAUGUGAGAAGUCUCGUCGGAGAACUGAGCUUCGAGUUCCACGUGCGCCACGCGCAGGAGAACGCGGAAUCGCAACGCUUGAUGUCGGAGGCCGAUGCUUGA